GUCCACAGAACCUUCAUGAACUGGGGACAUUUAUAUGACUGAGGCCAUCUUCUGUUCAUCCUCAUUCUCCCUGCAGCAAAAUCUUCUUGAUUAGAGAGAGAGAUAGAGAUGUUGGGCUCUGGAGAAAAGGUGGCAAUGAUUGUGGCAAUGCUGGUGAUGUUAGUGGGGACAGGUGCAGGGGUUGAAGGGAGAGACCCAGUGCUUCAUAGGGUUGGAGGAGGACAGAACACAUGGGAACCUGGUGUUAACUUCACUGACUGGUCAAGUCAUGAGCAGUUUUAUGUGGGUGAUUGGCUCUUCUUUGGAUUUGACAAGACUCAAUACAACGUCCUAGAGGUGAACGAGACGAGCUAUGACAAGUGCAUUGAGACAAACUUCAUCACAAACAUUACCAAGGGCGGUCGGGACGUGUUCAAUCUCACCGAGGCAAAGCCAUACUACUUCAUCUGCGGCAGAGGUUACUGCUUCAACGGAAUGAAGGUCGCCGUCAAUGUAACGGAAGCGCCGCCCCCGCCACCCACGCCAUCCAAGGAUCCGCCCCAGAAAGGCAGUUCUUCUCGUUUAGUCGGCGGUGUGAGUCGAAGGACGAUCCUUCUCUCGCUGCUUGCUGCUACAUUUCUGUUCUGCUCAUGACAAGCUCAGAACCAAAAGGAGUUUAUUCAACUAAGCAUCUAGUCACUGAUUGUAAUUUAUAAGUUGUGUGUAACAAAGCUUGUGUCUAGCCGGUGCGCUUGCUAGCUCAUGGCUUUAGUAGCUGCUGAAAAUGGUGUUAGCAUACUAAUCAGAUACCAGACGACAUUCAAUUUCGGUUAAUUUAGGUUUGAGUCGUUGAGCAGAACUCGUCACAAUCACUAUGUCAAAUUUUUCUUGUAUCUAUGUUCCUAGUUCUGUUUCCUCAGAUGUCGUUAGAUAUCAAUCAAGGGUCAAUCUCUAGUCUUGCCUUGC